AAGGAGCUGAGCCGGAAGGCAAAGCUCUCAAUUUACCGGUCGAUCUACGUUCCCAUCCUCACCUAUGGUCAUGAGCUUUGGGUCAUGACCGAAAGGAUAAGAUCACGGGUACAAGCGGCCCAAAUGAGUUUCCUCCGCCGUGUGGCGGGGCUCUCCCUUAGAGAUAGGGUGAGAAGUUCUGCCAUCCGGGAGGAACUCAAAGUAAAGCCGCUGCUCCUCCACAUGGAGAGGAGCCAGAUGAGGUGGUUCGGGCAUCUGGUCAGGAUGCCACCCGAACGCCUCCCUAGGGAGGUUUUUUUAGGGCACGUCCAACCGGUAGGAGGCCACGGGGAAGACCAAAGACACGUUGGGAAGACUAUGUCUCCCGGCUGGCCUGGGAACGCCUCGGGAUCCCCCAGGAAGAGCUAGACGAAGUGGCUGGGGAGAGGGAAGUCUGGGUUUCCCUGCUUAGGCUGUUGCCCCCGCAACCCGACCUCGGAUAAGCGGAAGAAGAUGGAUGGAUGGAUGGAUUAUUUGAAACUGGAUUUUGCAUGUCACUAUAAAGUUAUAUAAGCCUUGCUUGUUCAAUAUUCAAUGCAAAACUUGUUUGGGUCCCUAUUAAAAGGUUAAUUCGUUCAACCUUGGCCCGCGGUUUUGUUCAGUUUAAUAUUUCGGCCCACUCUGUAUUUGAGUUUGACACUUCAUUUAAUCCCUAAUGAGGUAACGCUUUUAUACUGAAAGAACAAGGAAGGCCGAUCGAUGUACUUCCUGUUUCCGGUAACUGCUGCUAGCUUGUCGCUGAUGGCGCACUCUGUCCUGGAGCAGCAUCCACUCAGCUGGUCCCCGCUUUCUGCUUCUUCCCUCUUCUUUAUUUUCUCGGUGCGUCGACGCUCGGCUCGGCGGGGACUUUAUCCGCCUUCAGGGCAACGUUGUACCCCGGAGAAAGACGCCAGAGCGGGAAGAUGAACCCCCAGUGUGCCCGCUGCGGGAAGAUCGUGUAUCCGACGGAGAAAGUGAGCUGCCUGGAUAAGAACUGGCACAAAGGAUGCUUCCACUGCGAGGUCUGCAGGAUGACGCUGAACAUGAAGAACUACAAAGGUUACGACAAGAAGCCGUACUGCAACGCUCAUUAUCCCAAAACAUCCUUCACGACUGUGACCGACACUCCAGAAAAUCUGAGACUGAGGCAGCAGAGCGAGCUGCAGAGUCAGGUGAAGUACAAGAAAGACUUUGAGGAGAGCAAAGGCCGAGGCUUCAGCAUCGUGUCCGACACGCCGGAGAUGCAGCGACUUAGACGCACGCAGGAGCAGAUCAGUAACGUAUGGACACACACACACACGCUGUUUGUGUAUGUGUGUGUUAAAAUGGAUGAGUGUGAUUUGGUGCAGUUUUUGUCAGUGAGCACACACACACACACACACACACACACACACACACACAAAGAAGUGGCCUCUGUGACCUCUGAACCUCUCACAGCUGCACAAACUUGUUCACUAACUGGCGGGCUUCCCCUCGCAUCUCUGACCUCGCCGUGAAGAGGAGGGAGGGACGUGGGAGGAUGAAGAGGCGGAUAUGGUGGGCGAAUGGGAGAAUGGUGUCAGUAGAACGUUACGUAACGAGUGUGUGUGUGUGUGUGUGUGUGUUGUGUGUCUGUGCUUCCUGCUGCAAAAUAUCUUAGGUAACAAAAUGUGUCAAACGUGUCGAGAGAGUCGGAGUGACGACUUUUUUGGGGCGGAUGUGACGUUUGUGAAUUUGUUAGCGACAUCUAAAAGGAGGGUGGUGGUUGAAACUUCUAGAAGGAUGAUGAAGACAGCCGUCGGCUCAGAGCAGGGAUGUCCAAAGUGCAGCCAUUUGGGGCCAGCAGCAGAUUUUUUUAAUGGCCCGUGGCACGAUCUAAAACAACUAUUAGAAAAAUGUAAAAGUAGAAUACAACAGCGAACGAGUGAAAUGUUACAAGAAAAAGUUGACUAAUAACACAAAAUGUUUUAUUCUUUAAAACUGUCAUUACUCCAAAAAAUAUUAAUGAAUCAAAAUCAAUGUUAUGAAUUAUUGACCUAUUAAAGCAGGGGUCCUAAACUUUUUGACUGGGGGGCCGCAUUGGGUUAGAACAA